CAAAAAGUGAAGGAGAGUUUUUGUCUUUUCACACAAAAAGUGUCUCGGUAGCCGAAACUACCUAUAAGUGUAAUAAAAACUUGUAAACUGACUCUCAGUGAAAAAAACUCUUUCAAUUCUUUUUAGUAGAAAAGAUGUAGAAAGAAACGAGAGAAAACAUUGGGCCCUCCGUGGACAAUUUGAUUUUACAAUCUCCAGCCCCUCAUUCUCAGUGAUGAACGGCGCAUCUCCAGCUCAUUCCUCGGUUUCGACGACGGCCGUAGCAGGAGGUGGUGGAAGCAGCGGAGCCGCCGCGGGUCUGGACGAUUUCCCAUUUCCACCGGAUAUUCCUUCUAUGCAGGACCGAAAGGACGAAGCCAUGCGAGUUUUGAAAGCUGAUUUGAUGGGUGAGCUAGACAAAGAGGUUAAAUCAUUGGAAGAUGACAAUUGGAUGUUCCAAGGUCCUCGUUCUCGUAUCCAUCUUAUCUCCAGGAGAGGUAACUUUCUCAAAAGAGAUGGUGAAUCUGUGGUGAAAUCAAGCAUUGUUCAGCUGCCCCGAUGAUCAGAGUUACAAGAAGGCAAUGUACCUAAUUGAUUGUUUGACUAUAAUAUCUCAAACCUAUGAAUCAUUGUUUUGUUUCCAGAUUUUAUAUUAAAAACAUUUGGUUUAACUCACAGAGAUGAUUCCAUUGAGUACUACCAACAUCAAAUCACUGAGUUAGACCACACUA